CGAAAAGAAGAAAUAUACAAACCAACGUCUAUAUAUAUAUAUAUCUGAUCCAACAAUUAUUAACUUCACUAAGAGAGAACAAAGACGAAGGAGAAAAAAAAGACGAGGGAGAAGAGAAUGUCGUCGUCAAGGGAGCUACAAUACUUGGAGCAUACAUACAGAAACAAUCGUCCCACGACGGGUCUCCUCAACUCCAUCUUCACCGCUCGUUCUCUUGUAUCCGUUGCCACCACCGUCUCCACACCUAAGUUGGCUUCUAGGCGGUGGUCAGCUUCGGACCAUCUCAGGUUCAUGUCUAUGAUGAUGGCGUGGCUAACCCUUUGGGUUCUUAGGGUUUUCUUGGACUAUCUUCCUCUUCCUCUCAUCACUUCUUCUUCUUCUUCUUCUUCUUCUUCUUCUUCUUCUGCUUAUUCUGAUUCUUAUCAUCCCUUUAGUUUUGCUUCGGGUCUUCUUACCGCGGCGGCUGAGAAAGCGUUGGUACCGGCUUCCGCUCCCUCCUCGUCGUCAACGGCGUUGGUGAAGUAUUCAGGGUCGGCGGAUUUGGGGACGAUGGUUUGUGACGGCGCUGAUGUGCCUUCCGUUAACUCUCUCGGUAGAGCACUUUGUCACGCACUAGCGCUAAUGAACGAGAUUCCAGUAACCUCAAGAAAGUACCAAUUUGCCAUGGGAAUGGCUGAGAAGAUCAUGGAAGAGAACGCCCGGAGCUGCAACGUGGAACUACUUGACCUAAAUCGAGUGGCCCUCGCGUCUUCCUUUGCACGCACCACUACCCGUUUACAUGACUCCUUGAAACGUUCUAGAACCGCAGACGAACCCGUUGGUGGUCUGCCUCUGCGUCUGGUCAGUGCCCUUCCUCUAGGAGGCUAUGUUGCCUCUUACGUGAGAGGGGUGAGCACGUGCAUCAGCACGGUGAGGUCCUUGGCGGAUAUGACUGGUAACUUGUUAUCGCAGAGUAGGAGGAGAGAGUCUGCGUUGGUGAGAGCUGGUGGUUUUCAGGAGAAUGAGGUUGAACUGGCGGUGGAGAAGCUGGCGGAGGAGUUGUUGUGGAUGACGGAGAAACUUAGGCGUUAUGGUGCGGUGGAAGAAGGUAUAAAACGGUGGAGCUACGCUUCUGGUUUAGCUUCCUUGUCUCUUACGGCUGCUCCUAGGGUGCAAGGCCUCUUGGUUAAAAUUUCAGCGCUCUUAAUUGGAGAGAUGGCACGAGACGGCACACAAGUUCCAGGACAAGUGAAGUUCAGGCUCCUUGCAAACUGGCUACCGUUGUUCAGUCACGCAAGGCUUGGGCUAGCGUUUCCAGUUCUGACGGGUUAUGAGAGGGUUGAGGUGGAACGAGCCAUAGACAAAGCGAUAUCUACAUUGCCUGCAUUAGACCAAGAGAUCUUACUCACAAACUGGCUCCAAGAUUUCUCAGUCUCCGCCAUUGAGUGGCCCAAUCUCAUCCCAGCGUACGACCGUUGGUGCAACUCCACUCGCCAGUUUGUCAUGUAGGCGACCAAUAUUAUAGUCGUUAAGUUUAUGUUCCAAAAACGACAACAAACACAUGGAUGCGUCUCGUAAUACUUUUUGUGUCCAGAUAUUCAUCUUUAGGUAAUAAGACUAGUUUCGACCUAGUCAAAGAUUCAGACAUAAAACCAUCUCGAUGUAUUCCUCGAAUCUCAGCUUAAAUGUUUUUUCUGAAAGAAAAAAACAGAUCGA